UGAGGAGGGAUUCCCCCCUUUGCUUCCUCUCCUCUUGGAGCCAGAGAGAGGGAGAGGAGGCGGGAGGAAAGAGACCCUCUCCCCCUCUUCGCUAGAUCUUCUGGGUGUGGGGGGAUCUGUUUAGCUCUCAAGAACAUCUGAAUCCUCUUAGUGCUCGCUCGCCCAGCUGUGUGUGUGAGAGAGGGGGGGAGUUGGAGGAAGAGAGAGAGAGAGAGAGGGUUGCUGGUGGUGGAUGAGGACACUGCGGGGCCCUUUUAAUUUUAGGCAUGAAUGCCGAGAGUUGCGUUUCGUUCUGCGACCCAGCUGCUGCCAUGGAUUCCUUCUACAACGCCGCCUCGCAGGGCAGCGCCGACGGCUCCUCGCCUUUUAGGGCAUUCCCCGGCGGCGGAGGCAGCGACAAGUUCAGCCCCGCUUUCCUGGCCAGCAAAGGGCAAAGCUUCGGAGACAGCGGCAGCGGCAGCAGCAGCCCCAAGUGCCGGAGCCGCUACAGCCAGCCGGAAUGUCCCAACCUCGACGGCAGCGGCGGGCAGCAGCAGCAGCAGCAGCAAGCGCCGUCGGCCGCCUCUUUUAACAAGUAUCACCCGCAGCAGCAGCAGCAACAACAACAGCCUCCGCCGCCGCCGCCUCUCUACGCGCAGAGAGGCUCGUGCAAAAGCCCGUCGAGCGGCAGCCUCAAGCUGCAGGACGCCAGCGGCCACAACGGAGCGCUGCAGCUCUCCUGCUACGCUAAAGAGAGUUCUCUGGGAGAGGCCGAGCUGCAGCCAGGCUCAGAUCCUGCCGGGAUGGAUGGCAGUUACCUCAGCGUGAAAGAGACCGGAGUGAAGGUAUCCCAGGAGAGGGCGAGUAGCAACCUCCCCAGCCCGAUGGACAAGACUGACUCAGAGAGCAACAAGGGCAAGAAGAGGCGGAACCGCACCACCUUCACCAGCUAUCAGCUGGAAGAGCUGGAAAAGGUCUUUCAGAAGACCCACUACCCAGAUGUCUAUGCCAGGGAGCAGUUAGCCAUGAGGACAGAUCUCACUGAAGCCCGAGUUCAGGUUUGGUUUCAGAACAGACGGGCAAAAUGGAGGAAGCGAGAGCGGUUUGGUCAAAUGCAGCAGGUCCGCACCCACUUCUCCACAGCCUAUGAGCUCCCCUUACUAACUCGAGCAGAGAACUAUGCCCAGAUCCAGAAUCCAUCCUGGAUUGGCAACAACGGUGCUGCCUCCCCCGUCCCUGCCUGCGUCGUGCCUUGUGACUCAGUGCCUUCCUGCAUGUCUCCCCACACCCAUCCCCACACAACCGGAGGGGUCUCCGAAUUCCUGAGCGUCUCUGGUCCUGGCAGCCACGUGGGACAGACUCACAUGGGGAGCCUCUUCGGCAGCGCAGCCAUCAGCCCCGGCAUCAACGGCUACGAGCUGAACGGCGAGCCCGACCGCAAGUCCUCCAGCAUCGCGGCCCUGCGGAUGAAAGCCAAGGAGCACAGCGCUGCCAUAUCGUGGGCGACAUGACAAGGUGCAGCUGUUGCCCUCCAGACACUGACCGAGCAAACAGGGACGAUCGAACCAAUCCAUCCACUCUUGGACCCGAGGCAGCCAGUGCCCUACUCAGAGAUCUGAAUGCAGCACUUUUAGCUAUCCUAGGUAUAAUAGCAUUACGUGCGUUGCCGUAUUUGGAGUGUUUUAAACAUGUAGGGGAUUUUGUUGUUGUCCCCAACAAACAGGUGUGUGGAAGGAAAUAAUGGGUGUGUUUACUGCACCAGACAAAGUUGAGUUUUGUGUGUGUGUGUGUGUGUGUGUGUGUGUGUUCACAUGGCAUGUUUCCCGAAUGCUGUCAUUGUCCUGACUUGCCAAUGAAAAAGGACACUUUGUCUCCCCUGCUUUCUCUGACACUGGAUUUGUCUUUCUCUUUAAAACACAAAAGCUUCAAGCCAUACUUCCCAGCUGAGUGCUCUGCACAUUUCCAGUACCAUUUAUUCUCAUGCUAUGGGCAGUUCUAUGAUACCUAUAAUGCCAGAAUAAUGUGGUUGCUUUAGUUGACGAGUGCCAGACUGGUGUUUGUGUGUGCAUGCAUGUGUGUGCUGAGUGUAGGGUACGCUGAUUCAACUCACAGAAUACCUGUAGAUGCCAGGCUGCAACCCAGAGGUUGCCUUGGCAACUGCACUGGGUAAAAAGAAGCAGCCGCAGUAUUGUCUCCCAUUUUCCUGACAUCUGCUGUAUGUAGUGAACAGGACUGCCACACAGCAGGCAGGGGUGGAGCACAGCGUGAAAGGAACAAGAGAAGCCAAGGCCCCUCUCGAUUUGGCAAGGAUAAUAAAGGUCCCAGGCAAUCUCCAUCUUGUUCUCUGGCAACCCUACCACACAGGAAUCUGGGUUGAUCCAAGCAGCAAACCAAGGGCUAUGAGAACGGCACAACUCAAAGCAACGAUAUUUGUGCCAUCUCCUGUAGUAGUGGGGCCUGCAUCCUUGUAGGGGGACUGUGUACCUAUUGCCAAGUAAGAUAAAAAUCUAUCACCAAAACAGAGGACAAAAAUGGGCACGGAUUUGCGUAACAUUUGCAUGCGCUAAUUUAUAAUGCAACUUAGAAACUAUAAUUGAAAUAAUAAUAAUUUUAACAAUAAUUUUAUUAUUUAUACCCUGCCCAUCUGGCUGGGUUUCCCCAUAGAAAUGCAGUGCAUCUAACCAUAGUGGGGAAGACUGACCGAGUGGCCGGCAUGUCUGCUGGGUCUGCCACCCAGGUGCUGCCUGCGGAUGGGCAACUUGGAUGCCCCUGCUCACUCUCUCCUUAGGACUCCUUGUCUCUAAAACAGCCUUGGACCAGAGAUAGGACCACAUCCUGACAGUCCUUCAAAUAAGUGACUGUUUGCGUGCCAUCCAGAGAACUUUGUUGCAUGGGCAGCAUAGAAAUGUAGGAAAAUAAAGGAAGAAAAUCAACAUAAAGUAGGAUCCAUGGCCCACCCUCUUCCAUCUUUUGCCCUGCUUUAGAGCUGAGGGAUGAAAUUAAGCUGUGGGAGCUGCUACCAUCAAUAAAUGCAGUCCAAAACAAGGUUCUGACUACUGGCCUGAAUAAAGAGCAAGAGUGCAACAAGAGUGUGGUCUACAAGAAAGAGAAAAUCCUUCUCCUGUCUUCUUGCCCAGGUGACAUGGCUAGUUCUACAGAAGGCCAAAGAACAUGGUUUUCCCUUCCUAUAUUAUUACGGUCACAGGCUUCUGACCAAUAAGAGAAGAUAGAUCGUCAUGAUUAACAGAACAAGUGCCUUCUUUAAACAGUAUUCACAAUUCUGCAAUCCGCAGUCUAGCUCAAGAAACAGUCUUCCUGGUGUCCCCUUCCAUUUGUACUGACUUAAACCACCACAUGAAGAUUGCCCCUGCCAUGUAUUGGAGCAAUAAAGCUAGAGCUUGUUUCUUUGGUUGGAAAUGCUCUUGCUUUCAGCUCAAAGCUUUUAGCAGACAUGGACCCACCUCGUCACUCCCAUUCAUCAGGAUGGUGGCAACUUCCCAGUUCCCCUGUGGUUGCUUUCCUUAUAGAUUGAUCAAAGAAGAUUUGGAUCGAGUCAGCUGAGAUUCGGCCCAACUCAGCUAUGAAUAAGCUGAUUUUUAAACAGUGUUUAGGUUUUGUGGUUUCUUAAGCACAGAGCUACAUAUCCAUCAGAGAAGAGAAAGAAGGAGGUUUAAACCGCCUGUCUGGUUUUUAAGAGGGUGUUUACUGGGUUUGGUAGCUACUGGUUUCCCUUCUGCCAGUGAGCAGCUGCUAUACAGGCACAGAGAUUUGGGCCUCGUCACAAAAGCAAGACCCCCGUCAGUGAUGCCUGGGACACAAGCACACACCUGCCUUCUGGCUCACAUGUGGCUGUGGAAUCACAAGCAUUUGCACACACUCUGGCCUGGAAUGGGAAGGAUGUCGGCAGGAAUUCUUACAAAAAAGUCAGCUCAUCGACCACAAGGCUUCUUGGUCUUCAGUGCACAUGGGUUCUCAGGAGGAAAAAUUACUGGAAAAUCUGAAUGGGGGGGAAAUUGGAACUAUCCUAUUUGUGGAGCAGGUAAAUGAAGCAGGGCCUCCAUUUAGAGAUGGGGAAGCCAUAUGUUCCCUCACCACCAUGUGAUCAUUCCACAUGAUCAUCUAUCCCUCUAGCCAUUUUACUAGUUCUACACAUUUAACUGUUGCAGAAAUAAGUGUGCCAGUGGCACAGACUAAAAAGAAGAAGAAGAAGAGUUUGGAUUUGAUAUCCCGCCUUUCACUCCCUUUAAGGAGUCUCAAAGCGGCUAACAUUCUCCCUUCCCUUCCUCCCCCACAACAAACACUCUGUGAGGUGAGUGGGGCUGAGAGACUUCAGAGAAGUGUGACUAGCCCAAGGUCACCCAGCAGCUGCAUGUGGAGGAGUGUAGACGCGAACCCGGUUCCCCAGGUUACGAGACUACCACUCUUAACCACUACACCACACUGGCUCAGAUCCAAUCCCCCCCACUCUUUUUUUUCAGGUGUAUGUAUGUAACUUCUCUUAUUUGUCUAUAGUGAUGAUGUCACGUGCACUGUCCAAUACAUGCCUGUGAUAAUUCCAGACCCACAUUUUACAAUAAGCCUUACAAGGAUUGAUACUCUACCUGCAGAGAUAAAAAAUGGGUUUUCAUGUUGAUUUUAGUGAAAAUGCUAAGGACAUACUAAGUGUUUCUGCUGUGUUUGGAUCAUGCCUUGUGCAUCAAGGGCUCGGAAAACACAACACCCAUCAGUAAAAGUACGACUUUCAAAAAUGACACCUGUGUUCUCCCAACAACAAAUACAUAACAAUGUUGCAUUUGUUGUGGCACAAACAACUUAUCAGGGAUAAGUGCUCUCAUUUGCCCCUCGCCACCUUUUAAAGCUAUGAAAUCAAGGUCCCACACACACUUUUCUGGCAUUGAUAGUGUUCACUCCUCUGAAUGGCGUUGGCCUGCCCGUGGUCAGUCUAACUGAAAGGGUACCUGAAACAAAAUAAAAAAUUCCUUCCAGUAGCACCUUAGAGACCAACUAAGUUUGUUAUUGGUAUGAGCUUUCGUGUGCAUGCACACUUCUUCAGAAGGGUACCUUUGAGAGUUGUACCUGGAACUCUCAUGCAAGAAAUAAUGGGCAACAUCCAACAUUGGUCAUGUCCAGAACAGAUCUGAAAUCACUGGAGCCAUUCUGAUGAUGACAAAUGCUGGCUAUCACUUAAUGUGUGUGUGAAUGCAUAAGUAAUAUUAUCCAUGCUUAACCAUGUUUUUGUGUUCCUAAGUGUGCAUACCUAGGAGAAUAUAUUGUGAGUGUGUGUGCUGCCUGUGCAAGUAUGUUUAUUGUAUAAACAGCUAAGUUUGCCAUCUCUUGGGUGGAGGAUAGGAUCUCUCAUGACUAGCAUUCUGCCCAAUGUGAUUUCAGCUUUUAGUUGGGAAGCUAGGGUGGGGGAGAACUCUUUAUUCUCAUCCUCAUCCUCCUCUUCCUCCUCCUCUUUAGCUGCCGCCUUAGCUUUCAGCGUGAAAUCUGCAGCUCCAAAAAUGGUCAUCUUGCUGGACGCUAACUUUGAGGGGUACAUUGCUGUAUGUAUAAGUCCUAUUCAUGAGUUAUUCAUGUGCAGCACAUUACCAAAUGUGCUUCGUAGCAGAGCUAGUCUUUUUAGCCCUGACAUCAUGCAUAUGGCUGCCUGUGGCGAAACCCAAACAUGCAAACUCCUGUUCACAUGUAGAGGCACUUGCACAACCAAGCCAAGCUCCCAUGUUGGGGUUACUCUACAAGAAACGGUGCACGACGUGCUGGUGUCUCAGGGAAAAGACACAAUGCCAGGGUGGGGCUAAAAGUUUGGGCUCCACCCCAAAGUCAAUGUGGUGACUCCUAUAGGUGAGCAACGUGCCAUUAUUUUGUUGCUUUAGAACAGCGAGAUGGCCAACUCUAGCUGCGCACUGCAGACCAUACAUGCAUGCAGUAGUGUACAAGAGUGUGGUGUGUGAAGUCUGUGUGCACAAGAAAUGUAUUUCAAGUGUACUUUGCCUAAGACUAGGUUUGCUUGAAGUCUGCUGGUCACAUGCUGAUGUCAACUCCAGCGUGGCUUUGUGUAUGAACGGUUCAGUUUAUAUCUAGACUGUACCUCAGCAGAUCCUUCUGAAGACAUUUCAGGAUAAUUGGAGGAGUGCUGUGGACCAUGCACUGAACUGUUCAAUGCAACAUGUACACAUUUGUUGACUAAGUAAACUCACCCCUAAGGACAAAAUAAAACAUUGUGCUCUGAAAUGGAGCUGCUGCCAAAACCAGCAGCACUCUGCCAAGCCCUUUUCCCUCCUGCCACUUAUGUUGAGACACGUCUUUGUCACUGCUCUGCCUCAUUGGCUGAGACUGGGAUGUAGGCAUGGAAAUGACAUGGCCAUCGCAGGAAAAGCCAACACAGGGCUGCCAUUUUAGCGGCAGUCUAGAGUCUAACAUAGCUUGUAGUUCUAACAAAAAAUGUAUCCCAAGCAAGAGAAUUCCAUUAAUGCCAGCCCUCCACAAGAGUGCUCUGCCUGGUUUUACUCUGUGUUGGACAUAAAUGAACUCAGGAGGCUUUCUGGGGUCAACAAUUAGAUGUUCUAGGGACAAAUCCAGUACCCUGAAUACCACCAUGGUCAAGAGGGCUGUUUUGAUGGAGCAUUGGCUUGCUCUCCUUCCCAUGGUAACAUUAUCUGCUGGCCAGAGCAACAGAAUGUAAGCUAUAUGAGCAUUUGGCACGAGGGGGGCAGGAUAUUCCUAUGUCUUUCUUCUUCUUUUGGAUGGUUAUUCCUUGUCUUGGUGUAUGCUAAGUUUUCACAGUACGUUGUAAAACACUCUGAAAACAAACAACAGUGAAAAAGGUAGCUUCCUGGAAAUGGUUGAAAAAUGAUCAGGCAGACACAGCCGCUGAGAACUCCAUGUUUAUUUUGCUGCUUUGACUGACAUAGCAAAAAAGCAAACACUUGGAAUUAAAAAAAAAAAAAAAAGCCCAAAUGGGAACUGGGGCAGAGUUAGGCUGAACAGAUGAAAGCUUUUGAUUGCUUUCAACUUCAUGGAUGGUAGUGCAGGGAAACCAAAGUGUGACUCCCCCCCCCUCCCCACACACCAGUUGUGACCCUUUCCCGCAAAUCCGGGUAAUGUACUACCCAAACCAGUACUCCUUCCAUGAACAUAGAUAGCGCUAGGACUUUUAUACUACUGAUGUUGAAGGACAGUUUUCAAUGUAUAAUAAUAUAUCAGAUUUUUUUUGGGUGUGCAGUGUUUGAAAGCGAGAAUGGGAGAAAGAUCACAAGAAAACAAACCUCAGUCAAUAUUAUUGUUGUAAGAUAUUGUAACCUUGUAUAAAUGCAACUUUUUUUCCCUUUAGCUUUAUGGCCUGGGGCAGAAUAUAUGAAAAUAUACAUUCAAAAAUGUUCAAGAAUAAAAUAAUGGAAUGGAAAAAAAAUCCCCACAAAAAUUGCAGUGUGAGGUUGUGCCAUACAAUUUUACUGCCUAUACAGAUAUGUACUGCAAAUUCAUUACAUUGUAAUAUUAAAAAAAGAACAAACUA